GUGAUCUCAUGUGAACUGUAACUUUUCUUAGCCCUUCAUGUCCUCCUACUUCGAUCAGUCGCGUUUGAUUUGGAAACCCUUGCCUCGAAACUGCACAGCAGUCGACGCCUUUAGAAGAUUCAUCAACCACAAGCACGGCUUCCAUUUACAGAACUAUCACGACCUGCACCAAUAUUCUGUUGAGGACUAUACGUUCUGGCUAGACUUAUGGGAGUAUUUACAUAUCGUUUCGUCCGUGCCCCCGAAUAAAUUACAAAUUACAAGUCCAGGACGCACACCCGAGGUUCCCGUCUGGUUCCCGGGCGCUCGUCUGAACUAUGCUGAGAAUCUUCUCAUACGGAACGAUGACAGCCUAGCGAUCAGUGCUAGCGGAGAGUCCGGAAAAGUCGUAGAUUAUACUUGGAAGCAACUCCGGGGCAUGGUUAGAGAGAUGGCAGCUGCCUUGAGGGUGAAUGGCUUGGUUGUUGGUGAUAGAGUAGCAGCUGUCGUCAGAAAUUCCGCAACAGCCAUCGUCCUUGCUAUCGCGACUGCGAGUAUAGGCGGUAUUUUCUCGUCUACGGCCACCGAUAUGGGCGCUGAGGGAGUGUUGGGUCGAUAUCGACAAAUCCAACCCAAGUUCUUCUUUUCGGAAUCAGAAGUAUUAUAUGCCGGGAAAGUUGUCAAUCUCAUGUCGAAAGCUUACGCUGUCAUUGAAGACCUGCAAGCACACGGCCUACAACAUGCAAUCUUACUCCCGAGUGGGAUCACAGGAAGAGAGCUGACUCCGAGACCCGGAUCGAAGUUGACGGCACUCUCGGCCUUCCUUGCAACAGGUGAUAACAGAGAACUAACGUUCGAGCAGCUUCCAUUCAGCCAGCCUCUGUUCAUUGUGUAUAGUUCGGGUACUUCGGGGCCUCCGAAGUGUAUCGUGCAUUCGGCCGGUGGUGUCCUUAUGACUGCCAAGAAAGAUGUCCAUCUCGGAGCUGAUCUCCACUAUGGUCAAACUUUGUUUCAGUAUACAUCUACGGGAUGGAUAAUGUGGACUCUCAUGCUUACUGCGCUAAGCUGUGGCGCGCACGUUAUCUGUUACGACGGAUCUCCUUUGCAUCCUGAUCUACGAACCUUCCUCAAGUUUAUCAAUGACCAGAAUGUUACUCUAUUCGGAACCAGUCCGCGUUUCCUGUCGGAGAUACAAAGCCAGGGAAUAAAGCCUUUGGAGCUAGCGCCUUUCGAAGCCCUUGCAUCAAUUCUAGUCACUGGUGCCCCUCUCACUCCCUCGCUAUUCGCAUGGACUCAGGAAGUUUUCGGGGACACUGUUCAUCUCUUCUCCACUUCGGGCGGUACUGACGUUUGUGGUGGAUUCUUGACAGGAACUCCCUGCCUGCCAUCAUACGCUGGGGAAUUGAAGGUCAAAGCUUUGGGAAUGAAAGUUGAGGUUUUUGACCCUGAGGGAAACAACAUCGAGCAUACCUCUGAGCCAGGCGAACUCGUUUGUACGCGACCCCAUCCGACGAUUCCUUUGUUCUUUUGGGGAGAUACUCCUGAUGGAAAGAAGUUACGAGAAACAUACUUUAGCACGUACCCAGGUUUCUGGCGGCAGGGUGAUUUCAUGGUCAUUAAUCCUAAAACUAAGGGAGCUAUAAUUCUUGGCCGCAGUGACGGUGUUUUAAAUCCAAGUGGGGUGCGGUUUGGCUCCGGCGAGAUAUACAACGUCAUGGGAAGGUUUUCCUCUACCGUGGAGGACUCUUUAUGUAUCGGUCAACGCCGUUUGAAGGACCUUAAUGAGCGAGUUCUUCUCUUCGUAAAAAUGCGACCAGGAAACAGUUUGUCUUCGACUUUGAUCAAUGACAUCAAAGACUCCAUACGUACAUGUCUGAGUUCACGGCACGUUCCUGCAUACAUAUUCGAGGUGGAUGACAUUCCAUAUACAGUCAAUGGGAAAAAGAUUGAAAUCGCAGUGAAGCAGAUUGUAUCUGGGUCCAGUUUGAAGCCGAGCGGUACUGUAGCAAAUCCUGAAUCGCUCAGAUUGUACCAAAAGUACGUGAAUCUGGAGGAUUUGGUCAACGCAACGUCGAAAUUAUAAUGUUGUCAUUAGUCCAUAAAUUUCAUUCCAUGAAUAUACUCGUCGGGGUAACGUGGAAAUAGAUUAGCUUCAAAUUGAUUUGAAUUUCUU